AUGCCAGCCAUUCGUCGGAAGCGCUCCUCGGCUGGCUCUCGUUCCUCUGUAUCUACUAACGGCGACGACGUCGGUACAUCUUCAUUCAGCAAAACUGGUCUACCCUCUCCGACGCAAUCUCGUCCUCCGUCUCCUUUUGCGCUCCCGGCUUCACACCGCGCCGAAAUACCCUCUGCCCCUGUCUCUACCCAGCGCCGUCGUGUCAACCCCGAGUCUCUUGCUGCUCGUCUCGGUCCAGAGGUCGUCGCCGAGCUCGAGAAACACAUUGAACCCGGAAACAUCGAGAUGCCUUCUUUCGCCGUCAGGCGCGCUGUCCAGGUCAAAUUCAGCAUCGAUCGGCGUCACAUCUAUGACUUCUACCACAGCAAAGGCUUGCGAUGCUUAAAAGACGAAAAACGCGGGCGACUCGUACGAAACGCCAUCCCUACUCCUCCUACCAGCCCAAAGCCGUAUCCACAGAAGAGGCGACGCGCAGCGGCUGUUCUCGCUGAAGCAGUUCUCAUCAAACCUCCUCGUCCGACUCGUGCUCAGAUCGGUAUCAUGCGCUCGGUCCAGCCUGCUCUUUCUCCGUCACCUAGCAGCUCUUCGUCUUCCUCCGACUCUUCCUCCGACUCUGACUCUGACGACUCAGUCGAACCGAUGGAGACCGAAAAGUCGACCAAAACCACAGACUCUUUAUCUAGGAAGGAGACUCCCUCUCCCCCUGACCCCGCCACCAUACUUGCCUGGAAAUCUUUCGCCGACUCGUUGUACCCUUGCGAUAAGUCUGCACACGACCUCUGGCUCGAUACCGUCUCGUCCCUUUGCGACAGACCUGAUCUUGAUCUCGACCAACUCUGGGAUCCGUACACUUUCCAUCCAGAAUUUGAUACGCCGUCUCUCUCACAGGACGAUCGCAAGGGGACUUAUCAGUGGUUCGAUAGAGUCAUCGGUCCAGCCCGAGGUGUCCAAGAGAGCGUAGGAAGCUACCACGCGUACAUGGAACGUCAACGACACUCCUACCUGGACUCUUUCUUCUCCGAGGCGCCUCGACCCAGCCUUGCCCACCUCCGGACGCCAUCUGUCGAACCCUUCCGCGGUUGGAUCAAGAGCUCCGGCUCGUUUGUCCCACAAAGACUGGUCCCUUCGCCGUCACCCGCUACACGUCAUGAAAGCAGACUCGCCUCCAGACAGAGUGGCGCCUCUACGGGUUCCCUCAACGUUCCGACCUCCAUCUCUUCGAUGCACCACUCGCUCUCAUAUCCUCUGAUCAACCUCCCCGAGGACGACGCUAUGCGGAUGGAGGGGCCUGUCACGCAGCUUACGUCUUGGUCUAUCCUCCCAGUACAAGCUGACGCUGGUUCCGCCCCGAACAAAAACUUGGCUAUGGGUUCAACUAUUGGUGUGGCGGGGGCUCCGGGCUCAAUCUACCCCUUUGGCAAGGUCGAGGGGCACGGCCGCGACUCGGAGGUGAUGGGUGGUCGUGAGCCUUUGUUGCCGAUGAAGCCUUUCAAUCGAGGCCGAACCUACUCUGCCAAUGGUUAUUUCUGA